AUUUUAUUAAUAAUUUUUGUGUAGAUGUUGAUCCAUAUUACAUUUGAUAUAUGAAUUUAUCAUAUGAAAUCACGAGAACUUCUCUUAUAUCCAAUCGUAUAGUAUCAUCUCGAAAGUUUUAGCGUGUAAACUGUGAGAGCAUACUAAUUCAAAUAUGUCAUAACUUAAGAAUAUAAUUAAUUAAUUUUAUCAAGAAAUUAAUUACAAAUUAUGAAGUAAUAUAUGAUAUCAUAAGAAUUUUUUUAGGAUAUAAAAAAGCUAAAGUCUUUCGAACUCUUGAUAAAAAAAAAUUUCGAAAAACAAAUCCGAGUAACAAAAAAAAAAAAUGUCUACGCCUAAGAUCAAAGUUGGUGAUUGUAUUCCCGAUAAUAUAUAUUUCGGUGUAUUUAAUGAAGGUGAUGAACAGCCUCAUAAAAUUACUUCUGGUGAAGUUUUCAAGGGGAAGAAAGUUGUUCUCUUUGGAAUUCCUGGUGCCUACACUUCUAUUUGUAGUUCAAAGCACUUGCCUCAAUUCGUUGAUAAAUCAGAGGAAUUGAAAGCAAAGGGAGUUGACAAAAUCGCAUGCACCGCGGUAAAUGAUCCUUAUGUUUUGCGAGAAUGGGCAGCAAGUCAUAAUACUGGUAAUAAGAUCCUCAUGUUGGGAGAUGGAGAAGCAGCAUUUCAUGGUAGAUUAGGUCUUCUUCAAAAAUUACCUUUUGCUGGUGAACGUGGAUUACGUUUUUCGAUGUAUGUCGAUGAUGGUAUCGUUAAAGUAUUAAACAUUGAAGAACCAGGUCCAACCAGUUACAAAAUUAGUGGUCCUGAACAUAUGUUGAAAGAUUUAAGUAAUUUGGGAUUGUAAAUGGGGCUGUAAAUAACCAUUUGUUUUAGUUUUUUUUUUGGUUUUCCUUUUUUUAAUCAAAAUUAAUCUAUAUAAAAUAAA